AGGGCACCCUGUACCUAUAUAUGAGAUGAAUCCUUGGAAGUGAAAACCUUUAAAGAAUCGGAGUACAUUACGAUAAAUUUAUAUAACGAUCAAAACUCCUCGCUAUACUUAAUAAACAAAUCGUUCUUUAGAUUUCGACUUUUUACAAGGAACAAGGGAACUCUUGAAAUAGUUUUGAAAAGGUAAAACAACUAGAGGAAAUGGAAUUACAAAAUGCAUUGGACUUUUCUGCCCAAAAAAUGAGCGGCAUGGACAUGGGACAAUCCUCAUCACAUUCUUGCAAAAUGAGCAUGCUCUGGAAUUGGUACACUGUCGACUCCUGUUUCCUAUCCAAAUCUUGGCAUGCAUAUACGGCAAACAAAUUUGCUGGCUCAAUUGUUGGCAUCUUUUUCUUUGCUAUAGCCAUUGAGGCCUGUAGAAGAUUACAGCGAAUCUUCGAUGGUUAUAUUGCUCAACAAUCUAAUGGUAAGACAUUGCAAGGUCCCUUACGAUUAUUUUUUCCUGGUAGUACACCUCAUGUAAAUGUGCUUCAACAACUCGCCCGAGCCUUCCUUCAAACCUGCUACUAUGGUGCCGCUACUAUACUCAUGCUCAUUGUCAUGUCUUUUAAUGGAUACGUUGUGUUAUUUACUUUUCUUGGCGCUUGGAUAGGAUACCUAUCAUUUUCCUGGGAUGACAGUAGUUUUGGCGAUCAUUCAGCUGGUAUUGGCUGUUGCUAAAGUUUCUUCCUUUCUACCAAGAGAGUAUCGUGAAUACUAAAUUUGAUGUUAUGCCAUACAGGGCAGACUUAUCCAGAUUGAUUGUCCUCAGCUAAUAAUCUGUCCUUCUUGCUUUUAGCUUGCUUUUCCGGAAUUUUUUUGGCUUUUACGAAAUUAUUUAUUAUCAUACAUUGUUUCUUUUCUUCUUUUUUUUUUUAUAUCCUUUUAAUUUCAGUUCGGUAAUUUGGUUAUGUAUUACAAGUCUAUAACCAACCGCGCAUGCCCUUCUUUGUCCAUACAGUUUUCAUUCAGUUUUUCUUUUCUUUUAUAUAUCCUUAUAUUACUACGAAUAAAAUAUAAAAGCUUCAGUUUGAUGAUUCUUAUGUCUGUUCAAUAAACGUAUUCCUACAUAGCUCUUAUGUGGAUGGAGAUCCAAAAAUUUUGCUGACAGGAAUCCCUAAUUUAUUUACUUUACAGCUAUUAUUAACUUGCUUCAAUUUUAUAGAUUAUCCUCCUGAACUCAUUAUUGAAUGUAUUGCUGCCUUUUCUUCGCCUAUAUAAUUUCGUUAUCCAACCAAGAAAAACAUGUCUCUAUGCAAUAUUCAUACUCAAUUCCAGGCAUUAUUGUUAAUUCUCUGGGUGUUUCUGAAGUUUCCUUUACUUUGUUCGUCUAGUUUCUGUAUGCUUCUUUCAGUCGUCGUUACUGCAGCACAUCCUCUGGCAAAAAUCAUACUUCCACCAUAAAACAGGU